AUGGUCCGAGGGAAGCCGUGGUGCCUGGGGCAGCAUGAAAGGGUUCUUUCACGGGCCUCUGGGGCAGUGACGCCGGAGACAGACAGGCAGGCAGCAGUGUCCGACCGUGAAAUGGCUCUGGCACGGAUGGCGGCCCCUGGCCUCCUGCUCCUCCUGGGGUUGCCUGGGGGGGCCUGGCCCAGCCUGGGCCCGCCCCGACGGCCGUGUGUGCAGUGCUGCCCGCCCGCCUGGCCCCCCGCCACCCCCGGCCCCUAUGCCCGCAGGAGCGAUGGGGAGCCGUGGGUGCAGCCGCCUCGCAUGCGGCCUACCAUCGACGUGUCGAUUCUCAAAGGUGAGAAGGGCGAGACGGGGGUCAGAGGUCCCUCCGGCAGGAGCGGGCAGGAGGGCCCGCCGGGCUCCCGGGGCCUUCGGGGCCGCAAGGGCCAGAAGGGGCAGGCGGGGCUGCCCGGCGCCGCAUGUCGGCGCGCCUACGCGGCCUUCUCGGUGGGCCGGCGCGAGGGCCUGCACGGCACCGACGGCCUCCGGGCCGUGCCCUUCGACACGGAGCUGGUGAACCUGGACGGGGCCUUCGACCUGGCCUCGGGCCGCUUCCUGUGUGCCGUGCCCGGCGUCUAUUUCCUGAGCCUCAACGUGCACACCUGGAACUACAAGGAGACUUACCUGCACAUCAUGUGCAACCGGGAGGCCACGGCCGUGCUGUACGCGCAGCCCAGCGAGCGCAGCGUCAUGCAGACCCAGAGCCUGCUGCUGCCCCUGGCCGCCGGUGACACCAUCUGGGUGCGCCUGUUCCACCGAGACCGCGACAAUGCCAUCUACGGCGAGCCCGGCGACCUCUACAUCACCUUCAGCGGCCACCUGGUCAAGCCGGCCGCAGAGCUCUAG